UGCCACAGUCGCUGUCCCUUCAGCUCACAGCACAGAAGGCCAGUGAGUGGUGAGCACCCCUACCUUCCUGCUGCUUUGGAUCAAGGAGAAGCAAAUUGUCAGAGUUGUCCAAUUGUCAGCUGGAUGGCUGGUGGCAGGAGACCUUAGGGGAGGACUGCAGGAGUAAAUAUCAGUAUGACUAGAGUCUGAGGAAGGGCUUCUGUAUUCCUACCAAAAGCUUGCUGGUGCAGAAGAACAGCACAAGGAGAGCAGCAAGGGCAUUUUGAGCUACCAUGGAUAUCCCCACCGAUUUGGUGCCAUCAUCCAUGAUGUCCCAACCUGAGGUGAUUGAGGCUUCCUUCAUCCCUCCAGAUCUCCAGUCCAUCGGAUGAGUGGUCAGGACAGGAACCAAUGAUAUACUUGAUCACUGAGCACCAACACCAGCCUGGCCUAGUCUACAGCCAUGAGUGAACCACAGUGCUACUACAAUGAAACCAUUGCCUUCUUUUAUAACCGAAGUGGAAAAUAUCUAGCCACUGAAUGGAACACUGUCAGCAAGCUUGUAAUGGGACUGGGGAUUACCGUCUGCAUCUUCAUAAUGCUGGCCAACCUCUUGGUUAUGGUGGCUAUUUAUGUGAAUCGCCGAUUCCACUUUCCUAUUUAUUACUUAAUGGCAAACUUAGCUGCUGCAGACUUUUUUGCAGGGCUGGCCUACUUUUACUUAAUGUUCAACACAGGACCCAACACUAGAAGACUGACUGUAAGCACCUGGCUUCUCCGUCAGGGUCUCAUUGAUACCAGUCUGACAGCCUCUGUAGCCAAUUUGUUGGCCAUUGCUAUUGAGCGGCACAUUACGGUUUUUCGAAUGCAGCUGCACACUCGGAUGAGCAACCGCCGAGUGGUCGUUGUCAUUGUUGUUAUCUGGACUAUGGCCAUCGUCAUGGGUGCCAUACCAAGUGUCGGAUGGAACUGUAUUUGUGAUAUCACCCACUGCUCCAACAUGGCACCGCUGUAUAGUGACUCCUACCUGGUCUUCUGGGCUAUUUUCAACCUGGUCACUUUUGUGGUCAUGGUGGUCCUGUAUGCUCACAUCUUUGGGUACGUUCGCCAAAGGACUAUGAGAAUGUCCAGGCACAGUUCUGGACCCCGCAGGAAUCGGGACACCAUGAUGAGCCUCCUGAAGACUGUGGUCAUUGUGCUUGGUGCUUUCAUAAUCUGCUGGACCCCAGGACUAGUCUUGCUGCUCCUCGAUGUUUGCUGUCCCCAGUGCAAUGUCCUGGCCUACGAAAAAUUCUUCCUUCUCCUGGCAGAGUUCAACUCUGCCAUGAACCCCAUCAUCUACUCCUACCGGGACAAGGAAAUGAGUGCGACGUUCAAGCAGAUCCUGUGCUGCCAGCGCAGCGAGAGCACCAACGGCCCCACCGAAGGCUCGGACCGGUCAGCCUCCUCCCUCAACCACACCAUCCUGGCUGGCGUCCACAGCAAUGACCACUCCGUGGUGUGAAGCCACCGCCAGCCGCCUCACCGACAAAGAGCAGCGGGCGAUGCUCGGGCGGGGCAGGCGCGUGGCCCCGGGGAAGGUAACCCACUCACGUUUUCUCAAACACUAAUGGACUACAAGUGCAUCUUUUCCGGCGGCCUGACGUACCAGCGCAGACUGCCCUGUCCACAGGACUGGCCAUGCUGCAAAGCCUUUGAUUUCUGCUUUGAAAAAGUAGAAAGUAGUUGCUUUGCAGAAGAGGCCAUCAAUAACCCACAGAAAGCCUUGCUGAGACUUUGUUGGACUUUGCUGCAUCUUGGUGCCAGUCUGAAUCAACUCUGAUUAAUUAAGCUUAUACCUGCUUCACUGCAUUUACAUGUAGCCACUUAGUAUUUUUAAAAAGGGAGUAAAGGGGAUAAAACUAUGCCUAUCAUUUAAUAGACAUGUAAUAUGUAUCACCAUCAGCAUGCUUGUGAUGAACAUUUUCUGUGCAGGGAGUAAAACUGUGCUCUAGUCUUUGUAUCCUUAGCCACACUGUCAUAACUACAGUAAAAAGAAAAGUUGGUUUUUUUUUCUAACACAGGCAACAGGAAGAUGAGGGAAACUGACUCUUCUUACCUUCAUUACUGGUGUUAGAGAAUGCAUGUUCUGUGUGUAUGCAGAUUGUUUUAAUUAUGAAAAAAAAAAAAAAGCUCUUUGUAAAGUCUGCCGGAAAGUAGAAAAACAUAGACUGUAUUCCAGUGUUUGUUUAGAUUAUGAAAUAAACAGUACUUUAGUCACAA